UGGAUUUGUGAAACAAUUGCUGCUUUAUUAGACAUCUAAAAGUGAGAAAGAUGCUGUAAGUAGGGAUAUCAGAUUGAAAAGAUUUCUUCAUGUAUUCUUCUCCUCCUCACUUCCUGGAGAAGAACCCCUUGGAAGAUUAGAGCCAUUAGAAAAUGCACCUUUGUUGGCAUUAGUCCGUAAAAUGAACAGUUGCCUCAGUCUGAUGGAGCAGUUUCCAGUAAAAGUGCAUGACUUCCCCAGUGGAAAUGGAACAGGGAGCAGAGGAUGCCAAGCUUUAAAGUUCUUCAAUACGCAUCAGUUAAAAUGCCAGCUGCAAAGACAUCCAGACUGUGCUAAUGUGAAGCAAUGGAAGGGUGGACCUGUGAAGAUUGAUCCUCUGGCUUUGGUCCAAGCUAUUGAAAGAUAUCUUGUUGCUAGAGGUUAUGGAGGAACUAGAGAAGAUGAUGAGGGUAGUGAUGAUGAUGGAUCAGAUGAAGAAAUAGAUGAGUCUUUGGCUUCUCAAUUCUUAAGUUCAGGGAAUUUGAGACAUAGAUUGCAGUUUUACAUUGGGGAUCACUUGCUACUGUGUAAUAUGACUGUGUACCAAGCAGUUAAGCUGUACAGUUUGCAAGCUGAGGAGGAGAGGGAAUCGACUGAUGAUGAAAGCAACCCAUUAGGAAGACCUAGGAUUUGGACAAAACCGUACACCAUUUGGUUCAAACCUGUAUGGAAGGAUGAAAAUGGUAGCAAAGACUGUGCUGGUGAUAAAAGGGGAAGAGCUGAAACUGCUCCCACAAAAGCCUCACCUAGAAAUUCUAAAAAGCAUGAUGAAUUGUGGCAUGAUGGUGUAUGCCCUUCAGUACUGAAUCCUUUAGAAGCCUACCUUGUAACUACUCCUCCUGAAAACAUGACAUUUGAAGAUCCUUCAUGAGAUCUUAUUCUUCUUUUGAGAAUUUUACAUGCUAUCAGUCGAUACUGGUAUUAUUUGUAUGAUAAUACAAUAAGCAAGGAGAUUAUUCCAACUUCAGAAUUUAUCAACAGUAAACUGACAGCAAAAGCAAACAGACAGAGUCAAGAUCCACUGGUGAUUAUGACAGGAAACAUAUCAACUUUGCUGACAGAACUUGGAAAAACAAGCCUAUUUUUCUUUCCAUCUGAUACCCUACAAAUGCUGUUUUGUAUAACUGCUUUUGAUGGUGAUUGAGCCACACAAAGACUACUGGAUACUAAUCCAGAAAUCAAUCAAUCAGAUUCUCAGGAUAGCAUAGUGGCACCAUGGCUGGACAGGAAAAAA